AUGAAUGUGAGUUUACUGCCUCCAGCGAGUAGACUUUCCAACCUUCUUCUGUCCUUGUUGACGGCCAUAACGACAUUCACGACGACGUUGUGUUGUGGAGCAGCAUGCGAACGGUUUCACUGCAGUUCAGACGUGUUCCCUCCACGAAUCGUUGAUCCUUACCUUCGUCAGAGUGCUACGUUCAAUUCGCCAUGCUCAUGCCUUCCCGAUUGGAAUUCAAUGUUCUGCAAUUACACGCAAACUGUUGCCACUGCACCAGGGCUUAUUCUUCCGGUCAUGCCAACGAUAUGUGUAUGCAGAAAAUUUGACGACAAUGGAAAUAAAUGUCAGCAAUUUAUCAUUAGGUGCUUCAAUCGAAAAAAUAAGAAGUGCACGUGCUGUUUCAAUCAGCCGAGUGACUACUGCGACCACUUAACGUGUAGAAACGGCGAACCUGAAUUUAGCUCAUCGAAUACCAGUUGCGUUUGUCACCACAAUCCAGCAGACUAUCCCUAUCAUAUAUGCAAAUCACUGAACAUUCGCAACAGCCCCGCUCAAAUCGAAGCUGCCCAAGCGCGACAAAACCCACAGUCGUCUGAUGAGCGGCGUCAG